GACCACUGGCCACACACACACAUAUAUAUAUAUACCCGAAACCGYAUACAUGAAUAUGUCUCAAGAAAUGUUUGUAUCGCAGGACAACAAUAGUCGUCCUCCUCCUCGACGUCGCCGUCAAGUUAUCGAUGAYGACGACGACGACGCCGACGCCGCCGUCAACACUGCCGAUGAUGACCAGCCAAUGGACGACAAUAGUGGUAAUGAAGAAGAAGUAGAAGAGGAAGAGGGAGGCGGCRGACGAAGAGUUGGCGUCUGCGGCGGAAGAUAAUGAAGAGGUGGAGGAGGAAGAGGAAGAUGUUAUUACCGAACAGUUGAAGACAGCCAUCAAAGCGAAAAAACCGUUACUGAAUACAAAGGUUACCGACGAAGAGAUUGACAAACAGAGGGCCACAUUGGCGGACAUCGAACGCCAGAUAAAAGAAGCCGAUAAAUGCGAGUCCAUCGACCAGAUGGUCGAACUGUUAAACAAAGUAAUUCAAAGACUAAACAAAGAGUUUAUGUGUACGGGACCGACGGUCAACAUGUCGUUGGACGCAUGGAUUAUGAAACUAGCCGCUAGACUGCUUUACGAGGCGACCAAACGGUUGCAGACGGACACCAAACGGUUCAAUGUUAUGGAAUUUGCCGGCAAAUGUGUUCGCGCAUUGGAUCCGACCGAUUGGGCGACGACUGCUACCGAUGGGAGCGGCAGCCGUCGCCGCGGCGGUAAUGAUGACAACGACGAUUCGAUUGUCCGACGAACCAUUGGUUUCGAUACCAGCGAUUGGGUUGAGUUUGGCCGCAAAUACUGUCCAAACAUCCAAUCAAUUGUUCCGCCCAUGAACUACAUAUUCGGCGCUUUCGAAAGCGAACCGCCAGCCGAACGACCGGUCAAACAGCGCCAAAAACGCCAGAAAACAGUACUAUCCGAACAAACACAGGCCACACAACUUGUGACAGAAAAUAUGAACGAUGACGGCACUCCCGAAGAAGUGGAACUCAUAAUGGAGACAAUCAAGAAACUGGAGUCGCGUAACAAAAACUUUGAUUCAUUGCCGUACAUUCAAGUGGUUACCAAUCCGAAGUCAAUGGCCGAAACUGUUGAAAAUAUAUUUCAUUCGGCAUUUCUUGUUAAAGACGGUCUGGUUCGCCUGCGAGCCGCCGAUGACGGACUACCUGGUGUCCAGUCGAUCGAUAAUUCAGGACUUGAUGUCCAAUCUGGUCUACCCGAACAAGGUAUCCAAUCGGUGUUUACAUUUACGAUGAAAGAUUGGGUAAAAUGGUGCGAAAAGUUUGAGAUUAAAAAGCCGGCGAUCAGACACAAGAAGAAGGAUAACAACAACAACAAGAAAUCACAGAAAACAAGUGAUAGUAAUAAUAAUAAUAAUAAUUAAAAU